AUGGAAAAUUAUGAUAAGAUUGAUAAAAAUAAUUUUAAUAAGGAGAAUUUUAAAGAUUUAUCAUCAGAUGAAUAGUUCAUUUGUCUAGUUUAUUUAGAUUAAAAAAUUAAUGAGUUUGAUAAUAUUUAAAAUCAAGACUAAUCUUAAGAAGCAAAGAAAUUAUUAUUAGAUUAUUAUAAUUUAAAAUAAGAAUUAAAGGAAUUUUAUAUUUAAAUAAAUAAGAAAUAAUAAAAUUUUAAAUUUAAUAAUCUUAUAAAUUAAAGGUACUAAUAUUUAAUUGAUAAGGAAAACUAGAAUAUAGUUUAAGAGUACUUUGAACAUAAAAUUUUAGAGUUUGAUUAAUAAUUUCUAUAUUAUUUUACUUAUUAAGAACUUUAGAAAUUAUUAAAUCAAAUCUAAAAACAAUAAGAUUAAUUCGAAAAAGACUUAAAAUAAGCAAUAGAAAAAAUUAUGGAAAAUUAUGAUAAGAUUGAUAAAAAUAAUUUUAAUAAGGAGAAUUUUAAAGAUUUAUCAUCAGAUGAAUAGUUCAUUUGUCUAGUUUAUUUAGAUUAAAAAAUUAAUGAGUUUGAUAAUAUUUAAAAUCAAGACUAAUCUUAAGAAGCAAAGAAAUUAUUAGAUUAUUAUAAUUUAAAAUAAGAAUUAAAGGAAUUUUAUGAUGAAGUAAAUAAUAAAUAAUAAAAAGAUUUUAAAUUUAAUAAUCCAAUUAAAAUAAAAUACGGUAAUUAAUUUUUAUAUGAGUAUAUCAAUUAAAUUACAUUUAGAUUGUAAUCUGAUAAAUUUUUAGUUUAAUAAGUGGAUUUAAAUAAUAUGAUUUUGAAUAUUCCAAAUCAGGAAUAAUAAUAAAUUGAAUUUAAAUAAAUUAAGUAAGAAAAAAAUACGUUCUAAUUUAUUAUUCAUAAAUUUUUCCUCUAAAAUGAUUUAUAUUAUUGUAAGUAUCUAGAAGUUAAAGAAUAAAAGAGAAAUUUUGAACCAAAGGUUAUUACGAACUUUAAUUUAAUAAAAGAAUAUAGAUUUGAAGAGUACAAAUCAAAAGUAAGAUUAAUUGAUCACAAAAAAAAUUUCAAAUAUUUUGGAGAAUAUUAAUUAGAUGAACAAGGAGAAAUUAAAUUCAAUGGGCUAGGUACUAAAGAAAUAUUAGAAAAGGAUAAAGAGAUGCUUGAAACAGGACAAGUAUUUAAAGUUGAGGGAAAAUUUUAAAAUAAUUAGUUGAAUGGAAUAUCGAAAACUUUUUAUUAUCACUAUGAUGAAAAUAAAAUAACUUUUAGUAUAGGAGAGUAUAAGGAUGGGUAAAUGUCUGGUAAACAUAUACAUCAUCCUGUAAAUGAUGAAAAAAUAAUAAUAAAAACAACUUAUCACUGGAAGUUUCUAAAAUAUUUUAAUUAUUAUUUUGAAACCGGUUGA